UUGAUGCAUUUUCCUUAAUUGGGGAAUUUACUGUGGUAUUAACUAUUAAGUACAAGCUCCGUCUGUAAGCAUUCAUCAUCAGUAUCCCUUAUUUUUAGUAGGAUUAAGAAUGCUGAGGAUGUCUUUAUCUUUUUUCUCUCAAGUUUUAAAAUCCUGUUGCCUGAAAUAGUGAAGUAUACUUAUCAGUUUAUAACACAACUAGAGGAAAUGUGGGAACAUCAUUUUGGAGAAGUUCAGCAAGGUUAACCAACUUGGUAGUGUAAAGAAUAACAUUGUUGGCAAAAAGUAGUAGUUCACUUGAAAUUAACAGUAUGUUUUAAUGUCAUUAGCUUCCAUGUUUUAAUUCAUCACAUGGAAACUGGAAUUAGAGAUCAAUUGAUGAACUUUUAGCUUAUGACAUGGCACAAAAGCAAAAAGUUUUUACUAUCAGGAGCUAAGAAAGUCCACCUGUGACAUCCCUAAAACUCUCUUUUAUUACAAUGUGGAUUCAAAGUCAUACAAAUAUGAGGACUUUCUUGCAAAACUAAAUCAAUGCCACACAGGAUAGAUACAGAACUGAAAUACUUCAAUUGAUCAAGUCAGUAACAUAAGUUUGAUAGUAGGAGAUGAAUCUGAUAGGUACACGGGUUAGCUAGUUAGUAUUAGAUUUUAUUAUUAGUAUCUUUUAUCCAGUCAGCAUUAUAUUUUAUAUUUUAUUAGGUUUAGCAUAAUUAGAGAGUGAGUAUAAAUAAGUGAGUUAGAGAGACUAUUGAGUAUCUUGGUAUUCACUUUGGAAUUAGGGUUUAGAGAGCGUUGGGUCUCUCUGGUUCUAGGGAGGGUGUUUGGGAUCCCUUUCCUUGUAUCUUUCCCCCAAUUCCUAUUUGGGAAUUAGGGUUUUACCAUUGAAUAAUAUCAGAUUUGGCUGGGUUCUAUCAGAAUCAUUUCAUGAAAGAAAAAGCCCAAAAGACAACCGCGAGGUACGAACAAAUAGUCCUAAACUAGUCAUGGAAAAAUAUAAACAUAAAUGCAUGGGGGUAUGAUACAACUUGUUCAGAACUAAGAAGAAUGAAUGCAUCUUGUAUGGAGAAUUCUAGCUAGAAAGUCAGUAUUGCCCAAUGUUGACAAACUGACCCUCUACAUUGGUCCUGGUCCCUCCUUUACCUCAACUAACUUCUCUAGAUCUCAUGUUUUCUACAAAUGGCUUAUAAAUAUCCAAUACAAAAUGUGAUCUCCUUAACUAACUUCUAACAGCACAAACUAACUCUCACUCUGUUAAUAUUAUUCUGUUACUCCUAACUAGCUAUACCUAUCAAUACGCCCCUUUAAACUUUCGCCUCGUCGUCAAAGCUGAACAACAUGGAUAAACUGAAAAGAAGAAUGCCAACAUGGUCUGUGUUACGCAUAUAAAUAGGGAUUGGCCUUGUAAUUGAGAUAUGUUGAAUAUUGUUGAGAUAAUGAAACCCCUUCUAUCCCUUUGUUCUCUCUUCUCUGUCCCUAUUCCCUCUCUUCUCCCUCUCUGAGAUUCUGGUUGUAUCAUUGGUAUCAGAGCAUCGAUCCGGUGCACCUGAACCAGAAAAUCAAAAAGAAAAAAAUGGAUGCAGAUUGGUGGAAAGCCCUCGACAGGCUUGAUGAAUCCCUGAAGCGUUCCCAUGAAGCAGCUCGCCUACGUGAAGAAGUUCGCCGGCGAGAAGAAGCGGCAGCGGCGUAUGAGCGGCACGUGGCCGAAUACGAGCAGUACAUGGCGGCAUACGAGCGGUACGAAGCCAAAGCGGCAGCGGUCGCUGAACAUGAAGCCGCGGCGGAGCGCGAGGCUAUGGCCGCAGAGGAGCAAGAAGCGGCAGCGGCGGUAGAACGAGAAGUGGAAGCAGAACGAGAGCGUGCUACGGCUGAGGCUGAAGAAGAUGCAGCGGAGAAGUACGAACAAUCGGCGACGGUCACCGUCUUCUUCGGUUCUUCAAAGGCGUUUUCGUUUGGGUUCUUGAACAAAUCCAGCGUUCUUCCCAAAAUCAACGCCGUUCUUCCUCAAUUCAAUGUCGUUCUACCCCAAUUUCAUGAUUUAGGGCUCGAAAUCGUUUUCCCCCAAAUCAGCGAUUUAAGGUUUGCGGUUUCGCCCAAAAUUGGGAACUCUGUGCUCAGCGGCGAUGUUCUUGGUGAUUGUGGUGGUGAUUCAGCGAUUGACGGAGCAGGAAGGCCUCCACGGAAGCCUCCAGAUUCGGAAAGUGAAGAAAGUAGGUAAAGAGCAUAGAGACUUGUUGCUUCCGCUUAUGCUGGAUUCACCGAAUCAUUGGCUUUGUCUUCUUCAGUGAGAAAUAGAAGACAAAUGUCCAGAUUUGCAACAAACAGUUGCAAUUUGUGAGCUCUGGUUACACACUACUUGUUGGCUCCAUACUCCGGUGAAUGGAACAGUGCAGGGGGUCACCAUACCUUAGACAUGUUGGGUGACCCUUUAUUUAUAAGCGAUGUUGCUACCUUGGCUGUUUCUCCCCCUAUUUGGGAUGUUUGAGAUAUUCGGGGAGCUAUUCUUGGACGAUCUGGAUUCUCCCUUAUCUCUUUGCCUCGGGAUAUAGUCUAUUGAACUUGGGCCAAUUCGGCCUACACUUUUGCUCGAGCUAGGAGUGGCUGGGCCUGGCUGGGAUCUGGGCCCAAGAGUUUGGCUUGUAACAAGUUUCAUGUCUGCAAGGGGAUAUAAAUUACCAAAAGGUGGGGGCGAAGCUACCUCGAGGUGUGUUGCUGGUAGGUCCUCCUGGAACUGGGAAGACGUUACUUGCACGUGCGGUGGCAGGGGAAGCAG